GGGGCGUGUCCUCGGCUCCCUCCGCGUGCAGCUACCUGCGGGACGCGGGACUUCGGGGUCCGCGGCGGCCGGGGCGGCGGAGCGUGUGCGGAGCGGAGCCUGGAGCUGGUCGGCGGCCGGCGCGGCGCCAUGGAGGUGGUGGAGGCCGCCGCGCAGCUGCAGACGCUCCAGUUCGGCGGCUCCGGCCAGGGCCCCGCCGCGCGGCCGCCACCUGAGGAGCGCCCGGGCGCCGAGCAGGCCGAGCGGGCCCCGCCGCCCGCCCCGGGCCCCGAGGCCCGCGGAAGCCCGCCGCCGAGCGAGGGCUGCGCCGCCGAGCCGCCGCCCAGCCUGCCGGCCACGUUCUCCUCGGACUCGGAGUCGGACUCGGACAGUGAAACGGAUUCAGAUAGUUCAAGUUCCUCCUCGUCAUCUUCCUCUUCCUCUUCCUCCUGUGUAUCACUUCCUCCAGUACUGUCAGAUGGAGAGGAGGAUGUACAAGUCGAGAAGGACAAUAAGAAUUUCCCUCUUAAAACAAAAGAUGAGUUGCUUCUUAAUGAACUACCUUCUGUUGAAGAACUCACUGUUACUUUGCCUGAAGAUAUUGAGCUGAAGCCUCUUGGAAUGGUUUCAAGCAUUAUUGAACAAUUAGUAAUAAUUGAGUCUAUGGCUAAUAUACCUCCAGUUAAUGAGGAUACUGUCAUUUUCAAAAGUGAUCGACAAGCAGCAGGGAAGAUAUUUGAGAUAUUUGGACCUGUUGCCCAUCCAUUUUAUGUGUUACGGUUUAAUUCUUCAGAUCACAUUGAGAGUAAAGGUAUCAAAAUAAAGGACACUAUGUAUUUUGCUCCGUCCAUGAAAGACUUCACUCAGUAUAUAUUCACAGAAAAACUCCAACAGGACCGAGGAUCGGAUGCCUCUUGGAAGAAUGAUCAGGAACCACCUCCAGAAGCCUUGGAUUUCAGUGAUGAUGAAAAAGAAAAAGAAGCCAAACAGAGAAAAAAAUCUCAACUUCAAGGCCGGAAAAAACUCAAAUCCGAAUUGAAUGAGUCAAGUGAAGAUGUUGGUGAAAUGCAUCAGAAUCGGAAUGCUUACGGCUCUCUUUCAGAACAUUCAAAAGGAUAUCAAAACAGGGAAUUCCCUCGAGGCUUUCCCAGGGGAAGAUACUCUCGAGGAAGCCACAGCAGGCCCCCACCUCAUCAGUUCUAUAAUUCAGACCACAUGGCAUCUCAAGAGACUUUGGGGUUUCCACCUCAGAGACAAGAUAAUCCCGUCAUGCCCCACUAUCCCUUUCCCCCGCCCAUGUUUGAUAUGCAUAACUUUUCAGUCCCACCCCCGCCCCCGCCUCCACCUCCUUCUUUGAGCAUGGGAUGGGCUGCACCUAACAUGGCCUCUCAUCCUUUGCUUAAUUUACCAUACUCUCUGCCCCCACCACCUCCUCCUCCACCUCCCUCUCCUGGGGAGAGUAAUUCUUCACAUUUUGGACGUUACUAUUAGGUCUAUGUUUGUAUAUCAGAGAAAUAUGAACUGUGCAGAUUAUAUGGUAAAGAAUUUUUUAAGGAAAAUCUAUUAUGGAGUUUGAGUUUUUUAAAACAUUGUAAAAUACUAAAUGAAAUGACUCAGUUGUACGUUCAUAUAUAUUUCAAAUAUAUUUCAGUUGUGAGUUCAUAUAUAUUUGUAAUGGUAUUUAUAGGGACAGUUCAUCUCAUUCUUGGAGAAGAAUCCAGUUCAGGUAAUAUUUUAAAUAAAAUGUUGAAUCAUGUCCUCCACUAUCCCACCCAGGAAACAGCAUGCACAGUAAUGGUUUUGUCAUGUGCUGAGUACUGGUUGUCUUUCUAGUAUAAUCUUAACAUGUUGAAGUCCUACUAAGAGUCUUUAAAGCAUUUUUAUAAACUUGACACCCUUGGAAUUGACUACAAGUGUUAAGAAUUCUUUAAAUUUUAUUUCCUUACGCAAGUUACGAGUGUGAAGGAGAAAGACGCCAUUGGAAGAAGCUUUCAGUAGCUGUUUGGCUUUAACUAUACAUUGACAACUUCCACUGUCUAUGUAGAUCUCCAUUACUUAAGCACAUUAUUUAAAAAGCAUUGCUGUUCAGUCACUUACAUUAAGGUGUGCAUUGGUGUAUAUGUGUCUUCUGUGUCUGUUCCCAGGCUUUCCAGUAUUUGACACAAGUGACAGGCCUAAUAAAUGCCUAUUGAAUUGA